AUGGCAGCUCGAAGAUCUAUACAUAAAAGUUCUGGACAUUUAGAUUCAAUGGCUAGUCAUGUCUUCAAUUUAAAAGAUAUGCACAGUCAACACAAUACAUUAAAUGGAGAAUUUUUAUUAUAUCAAGUUAUUCUUAAACGUUUACUUGCAGAAGGAUUUAAGAAGUCAUCCGAAAAAAUCAAACUUUAUGAUUAUUUUCAUACGGACGACGAAACUGAUCAACGGGAUUUAAUGGAAUUUGAUAAUAAUUAUACAGCAAAAAAAGCGAUCUAUUGGUAUACACGUGAAACAUGUAUUUAUCGUUUACUUAAUAAAUCAUUGCGAACUCAAAAUAUCGGUGAUUUAAUUGUAUUUACUCAAUUUCUUCGUGAUAUAAAUAAUCAAUUAUCAGAAGAACAAUUAAUAUUUUGUAUUACAAAUCAAUCACCAAUAUUACAAGUUUAUCGUGGACAACUUAUUAAUAAAGAUGAAGUAAAUCGAAUAAAACAUGCUAAAGGUCAAUUACUUUCAACAAGUUCAUUUCUAUCAACAAGUACAAAUAGACAAAAAGCCGUUGAUUUUGCUACUAGUAAACCACCACCAUGUGAUACAUUAACAACCGUUUUAUUAGAAAUAACUUUGAAUUUAGAAGAAUAUAAUCGACCUUUCGCAGGUAUUCAACAUUUAAGUGCAUUUGCAGCUGAAGAAGAAGUUUUAUUUAUGUUUGGUUGUAUUUUUCGUAUUGAUGAUAUUUGGGAAGAUAAACAAUUGAAAUUAUGGCGAAUCCAAUUAACAUUAUGUGGAAAUAGAGAUAGUGAUAUAACACAAUUUCAAGAUACAAUGGAAAAUGAAUUGCAAGGAAAAGAUAUGUUAGUAUGUCUCGGUGAAUAUUUAGUUCAAAUGCAAAAAUUUGAUGAAGCUGCAGCACAUUAUGAAGUAUUAUUAAAUGAUGAAUUAAUAACUGAUGAAUUUGAUAAAGCUUGUUGUUAUCAUGGACUUGCUAAAACAAAUGAUAAACGAGGUGAAUAUGAUGAAGCAAUUAAAAAUCUUAAUUUAGCAUUAAAUUAUUUUUUAAAUAAUCCAAAAGCAAAAGAUCAUCCUCUUCAUUCUCAAUGUUAUAAUGAUUUAGGAUUAAUUUCUUCUCAUCAAGAAAAUUAUUCACUUUCAUUUAAAUCUUAUGAACAAGCAUUAAAACUAGUAAAUAAUAAUCAAUCCGUAACAUAUUCGGGUUUAGCAAAAUUACAUUAUCAAAUGGGUAAUUAUCAAAUUGCAUUAGAAUAUCAAUAUAAAUGUCUUGAAAAACAAUUCAAUACAAAACCGUUACUUAUUGCAAGUACAUUUCUUGAACUUGGAAAAAUUUAUGGAGCAUUAAAAGAAUAUCAGAAAGCAUUGGAUAUGUUCGAUAAAGCUAUAAGAAAUCAACAACAAGCAUUGAAUUUCGAUCAUCCUGAUCUUAGUUAUACUUAUACUGCUAUGGCAUCGAUGUUUUCAGAUUUUGGUGAAGAUGAAAAAGCGUUUGAUUGUAUUAAAAAAGCAUUUAUAUUACAAUCAAAUUCAUUACCAGAUAAUCAUCCUGAUUUUGCAGAAACUUUUAAACAUUACGGUAAUCUUUAUAAGAAAAAAAAAGAUUUUGAUCAAGCAUUACAUUAUUAUAAUCUACUACUUGAAAAUCAAUUGAAAACAUUAUCAUGGAAACAUCCAGCAGUAGCUGAUACCUAUUUACUUAUUGGUAAUGUUUAUUUAGCAAAAAAUAAUUUUGAUCAAGCAUUAAUUUAUUUUCAUAAAUUACUCAAUAGUCAAAUUGAACGAUUACCAUCAGGAAGUUCAAUUCUAACUGAAACAUAUAGACUUAUUGCAAAUACAUAUUUAAAUAAAGAAGAUUUCGAUCAAGCUUUAUUAUAUUUUGAAAAAUUAUUAAAUAAUGAAUUACAAAAAAAAUUAAUUGAAGAUCCUACAUUAGCUAAUACUUAUAAAAUAAUUGGAGAAAUUUAUUUAAAGAAAAAAAAUCUCUCACAAGCAUUAGUCUAUUUUAAUCGAUUAAUUGAUACUCAAUUACGAACAAUACCAAUAGAUGAAAAAUCAGUUGCAGAUUCAUAUACACUCAUUGGAAACAUUUAUUUAAAACAUCAUUAUUCAGAUAAAAGUUUACUCUAUUUCGAUAAACUAUUAAUUAAUCAAGCAGAAAAACAAAAAAAAGUUGAUACAAUAAUACCUAGUUCAUUUAGAAUGAUUAAUGAUGUACAUUUUGAAAAACGACAAUUAGAUCAAGUAUUAAGUUAUUUUAAACAAUCGCUUGAAAAUCAACAAGACAAAUUAUCCUUAGGAGAUUCGGAACUAAGUAAUUUCUAUAAAAUUAUUGGAAAUAUUUAUUUAGAAAAACAUGAUUUCGAUCAAGCAUUAAUCUAUUAUUAUAAAUUAUUGAACAAUGAAAUGAAAGAAAAAUCAUCCGAUGAUCCAUCGUUAAUUUAUACGUAUAAAGUUAUUGGAGAUAUUAAUUUUCAAAAAGAAAACUUUGAUGAAGCAUUAAUAUAUUUUGAUAAAUUAUUAGCUAAUGAAUUAAAAAGAAAAUCACCUAAAGAUCCAUCAUUAGCUGAAACAUAUAAAAUUAUUGGUAAUAUUCAUUUAAAAAAAUAUAAUCUUCUCCAAUCAAUAAUCUAUUUUAAUCGACUUAUUACUUGUCAAUUACAAAUAAAACCCAUUGAAAAAAAAAUCCUAUCAGAAGCAUAUACAAUGAUUGGAAAUGUUUUUUUAAAAGUUCAUCGUUUUGAUGAAACCUUACUUCAUCAUGAUAAUAAAUCACAUAUAAAAAUAUUAACAAAUACAUUAUUACCAUAUUCAUUUCGUAUUAUUGGAAUCACUGGAAAUCAUCAAAAUGAACAAUGUUAUUUCAAUCAAGUUAUAAAACAUUAUAAAAAAUUACUCAGUGAUACAUUAGAUAAUUUAUUAUCAAGUGAUGCAUUUAAAAUAAUCGGAAAUAUUUAUUUGGAACAAAAAAAUUUUGAUCAAACUUUAAUUUAUUUUCAUAAAUUACUUAAAAAUGAAUUACAAAUAACAUCAUUAAAUGAUACAUCAUUGACUGAGAUCUAUAAAAUUAUUGGAAUUAUUCAUUAUGAAAAACAAAAUUUCGAUCAAGCACUUACUUAUCUACAUAAAUUAUUAGAUAAUGAAUUACAAGACAAACAAUUAGAAGAUCCUUCAUUAGUUGAUCUCUAUAAAAUUAUUGGAAAUAUUUACUAUGAUAAAGAUGAAUUUUCUGAAGCAUUGAUAUAUUAUAAUCGAUUAUUAGAUUCUCAAUUACAAGCUAAAUUCAUCGAUGAAAAAUCAAUAGAUAAAACAUAUAUGUUAAUUAAAAAUAUUUACUUAAAAAAUGAAUUUUUUGAUAAAAUUUCAUUGAAUUCAAAUAAUAAUUAUCUUGAUAGUACAUCUUUGAGAAAAUUAUCACAAAUUUCAUCAUCAACUGCUUCUUUCAAAAUUAUUGAUAAUAUGCAUUUUGAACAAAGACAUUGGGAUCAAGCAUUAAAUUAUUUUCAUCAAUUACUUAAUCAUCAACUGGAAAAAUAUUCAUUUGGAGAUCGUGUAUUAAGUGAAACCUAUAAAGUAAUCGGAAAUAUUUAUUUAAGAAAAAAUGAUUCUAAUGAAGCAUUAAUAUAUUUUAAUAAAUUAUUAAAUAAUGAAAUACAAAGAAAAACAUUAGUAGAUUCAUCAUUAGCUAAUAUUUAUGGAAUUAUUGGACGAAUUUAUUAUGAAAAACAUAGUUAUCAACAAGCAUUAAUUUUCCUCUAUCGUUUUAUUCAUUGUCAAAAGCAAAAUCAAUCUAUAGAACAUCCAUCUAUAAUUGAUGCUUAUAGAAUCAUUGGAAAGAUUUAUUCAAAAAAAUGUUUUUCGACCUAUUUUGGUAAUACAUCACAUCAUUUGAAUCUAUUAUUUGAUAAACAACCAUCAGUAAAAAAAUUAUUAAUGGAUACAUACAAACGCAUUAGAAAUACUACCUUUGAAAAUCAUCAAAGAGAUCAUGCAUUAAUCUACUUUCAUAAACUACUUGAUGAAGAACUUGAAAAUAUCUCAUCAAAUGAUUUAUACUUAAUUAUUGCACAUAUCUAUCUUGAAAAAUAUGAUUAUGAUGACGGAUAUAUCUAUUUGAAUAAAUCACUUGAAAAUCAAAUUGAAAGAAAUCCUUUGGAAAAUUCAUUGUUAGGUGAUACUUAUGCAAUUUUGGCCGAUGUCUUUUCUACAAAUGAUCGAUUAAAUCAUGCAAUAAAAUAUUAUCGAAUAGCAUUAUCUAUAUACGAGAAAAACUAUUCAUCAACACAUUGGAAAAUUCGAAAAGUCGAACGAAAUAUACAUAACAUUGUAAUAUUAAAUUAUCUUGAAUAG